AUGAGAUUUGUAAGGAAUUUUUCAAUUACUUCAGUUAGUUUAAGAGGUCAAAAUUUGACUGAAAAAAUCGUACAAAAAUAUGCUGUGGGGUUGCAACCAGGUAAAAAAGUUUACAGUGGAGAUUAUGUUACUAUCCAACCAGCUCAUUGUAUGAGUCAUGAUAACUCAUGGCCAGUGGCUACUAAAUUCCAAGGUUUAGGUGCUAAGAAAGUUAAAGAUAACAGACAAAUUGUUUGUACUUUAGAUCAUGAUGUUCAAAAUAGGACUGAAAAAAAUUUAACUAAAUAUAAGAAUAUUGAAAACUUUGCCAAAGAACAAGGUAUAGAUUUCUAUCCUGCUGGAAGAGGUAUAGGACAUCAAAUUAUGAUCGAAGAAGGGUAUGCAUUUCCAUUGAAUUUGACUGUUGCUUCAGAUUCUCACUCAAAUACUUACGGGGGGGUUGGUUCUUUAGGUACUCCUAUAGUUAGAACUGAUGCUGCGUCAAUUUGGGCUACUGGUCAAACUUGGUGGCAAAUUCCUCCUGUUGCCAAAGUUGAGUUAACAGGUAAAUUACCAAAAGGUGUUACUGGUAAAGAUAUUAUCGUUACUUUAUGUGGUCUUUUCAACAAUGAUGAGGUCUUAAAUCAUGCCAUAGAAUUUGUAGGUGAUGGUGUUAAAUCUUUACCUGUGGAUUAUAGAUUAACCAUUGCUAAUAUGACUACUGAAUGGGGUGCAUUAUCGGGUUUAUUCCCUGUUGAUGAAACCUUAUUGGAAUUUUACAAACAAAGAAUUGAAAAAUUACCUCAACCACAUCCAAGAGUUAAUAUUGAAACCGUUAAAGCUUUAGAAAAUUCCGUUCAAUCUGAUAAUGAUGCUGUUUAUGCUAAACAUUUGAAAGUUGAUUUGAGUACUUUGAGUCCUUUCAUUUCUGGUCCAAAUUCCGUUAAAAUUUCAACUUCUUUAUAUGACUUAUCAAACCAAGAUAUCAAGAUCAACAAAGCUUAUUUAGUUUCUUGUACUAAUUCUAGAUUAAGUGAUAUCAAAGCAGCAGCUGAGAUUUUAAAAGGUAGAAAAGUCGCACCAGGAGUUGAAUUUUAUGUUGCAGCUGCUUCAUCAAAUGUUCAAAAAGAUGCUGAAGCUAUUGGUGCUUGGCAAGAUAUUAUUGAUGCUGGUGCCACUCCUUUACCAGCUGGUUGUGGUCCAUGUAUCGGUUUAGGUAUGGGUUUAUUAGAACCAGGUGAAGUUGGUAUUUCUGCUACCAAUAGAAACUUCAAAGGAAGAAUGGGUUCAAAAGAUGCUUUAGCUUAUUUAGCUUCUCCUGAAGUUGUUGCUGCAUCCGCCAUCCUUGGUAAAAUUGGAGGUCCUGAAGAAGUUGAAGGUUCGAAAGUUGAACAAAACAAAGAAAUAGUCAAAGAAUUAACUAUUCCAAAAGUUGAAGUCGCUGAAUCUUCUGAAGGUGGAUCUGUUGAAAUCUUAGAAGGUUUCCCAACUUCUAUUGAAGGUGAAUUGAUUUUAUGUGAUGCUGAUAAUAUUAACACUGAUGGUAUCUACCCAGGUAAAUAUACUUACCAAGAUGAUGUUUCCAAGGAAAAAAUGGCUGAAGUUUGUAUGGAAAACUAUGAUUCUGAAUUUGGAAGUAAAGUCAAUGCUGGAGAUAUUAUCAUUUCAGGUUACAACUUCGGUACUGGUUCUUCAAGAGAACAAGCUGCUACUGCCAUUUUAGCUAAAGGUAUGAAAUUAGUUGUAGCUGGUUCAUUUGGUAACAUUUUCUCAAGAAAUUCCAUCAAUAAUGCUUUAUUAACUUUGGAAAUUCCUGAUUUAAUCAAUAUGUUAAGAGAAAAAUAUCAAGGUUCAGAUGAAUUAACUAUUAGAACUGGUUGGUUCUUGAAAUGGGAUGUCACUAAAGCAACCGUUGAAGUUUUGGAUUCCGAUAAAAAUGUUGUUUUAACUCAAAAAGUUGGUGAAUUGGGUACCAACUUACAAGACAUUAUUGUCAAAGGAGGUUUAGAAGGAUGGGUUAAAAGUGAAUUAACCAAAUAA